CACCAGUGACAUUGACAGCUUAUUGCCCGUCAUUAUAGGUAGAGCCAACUUUAGGCGUUAAACAAUAGAAAAUCGGAUUGGUUGUUCAAUAGUUUAUCAGCUGAGCAGUAAAUUCAGUCAAAGACCAAUGGAAGUCAACAAGGAUGAGGCGAGGCGGUGCAUUGACAUCGCGCUGGCAGCCUUCAGGGCGGGCAAUAUGGAGAAGGCGCAGAAGUUUGCGGAGAAAUCCCAGCGAUUGUUCCCACUGCAGGAAGCCGCUGAUUUGCUUCGAAUAGUGCAGAAAUUUGCCUCUUCGGGAAGCAGUUCAACCAGGCCAAAGACAACCGAAGAAAAUACGUCCCGUCGGAGGCCAGUUAACAAGGAGAAGGAGAAACCGCAGGAACCGAAGCUCAAUGUAGACUACAGCCAGGAGCAGCUGGAUGCGGUGAAGCGGAUCAAGAAAUGCAAAGAUUACUACGAAGUGUUAGGUAUUACGAAGGAGUCUACCGAUUCGGAGAUUAAGAAAGCCUACAAAAAGCUAGCCCUGCAACUGCACCCGGAUAAGAACAAAGCUCCCGGAGCGGUUGAAGCAUUCAAAUCCCUCGGCAACGCUGUUGCCAUUUUGACAGACGCUCAGAAGCGCAAAGAAUACGAUCUAUAUGGAAGCAAGGACAACGCUAGUCAUAAUACUGGUUUCGCUGGAAAUGGUGCCCACAAUCACCAUGAAUACAGUUUCGGUCGCAGCUUCGAGUCGGAUAUCAAUCCGAACGAUCUGUUCAACAUGUUCUUCGGUGGGGGCUUUCCUCCGCAGCAGGCACGUGGCCGAGCUCGGUGGCAGUCGCAGGAAUCGAAUUCCGGUAGUCAACCGAGCCUUAUCUUCGGCUUGGUCCUGUGCUUCAUCGUUGUAUCCAUGCUAUCUACCUUCUUUGCCUCGGACCCACUGUACAGCCUUCAGCAGACGCCCAAAUACUUCGUGGAACGUCGGACGCUAAACUUCAAGAUUCCGUACUACGUGAAGGAAUCGUUCGUUACCGAGUACCAAGGUUCACUCAGCCGGCUGGAACACUCCGUCGAGGAGGAGUACAUCCUGUACAUGAAGCGGAAUUGCUACAACGAACGGAACUAUCGGGAUGCCAUGAUGGCCCGGGCCAAGAACUUCGGAAGCCGAACGCAACUCAAUCAGGCUCAACAGCUGAAGAUGCCAGCUUGUGAUGCCUUGUACAAGCUGGGCAUCGGCCGGGUUAACUACUAGGGCUAGAAAAACAAAUUCUCGUUUCAUAUUAGGAGUAUUAUUUAUUUAAGUACGUAUUUACGAUAAUCAUCAGCUUCAAUGUUGUUUCUAGGAAUAUUUGGGAGUCGCUGUUGUGUGGUAGGUAGUGUUGGUGCAGCUUGGACCAUGUCAAGUCAAGGGUAUCGUGUUUUAGUAGAUGUAGUAAGAGAGAUUUUUUUUGUACUGGACUUUAACCGAAUUCCACUGAUAAUGUAUCUGCUAAAUCUAAUAUACUGGUGGAUAUUACACAUUCCUAGUUUGAUAGCAAAGAAGAACUGUUUCUUUUCAACAAGCUUUAAUAAAGGUAAUGAAUGCCCUAUUUAC